AAUCUUUAUCCUUUCUCAAUGAAGCUUAUGCAUCAUAUAAAAUAUAAGUCAGUGUUAUCCAUGGUACAUAAUUAACUCAACUUACUAAAAAACCUGUAUGAAACCAAAAUAACGUUGAAACAGCACAUAUCGUUCCAGGCUGUUUCGUGUCCCCAGACCAAAACCACGCUGUAUGGGUGUGUCGCUAUCAACGGUAUAAAGUGUAUAGCAUUAUUUACUGUUUCACUUAUCGCUCCGCUUUGUAAGUGCAAUCAUCCCCGUGCCACACUGUGUAAUUCUGGCGCUCCUGUUGCAUUAUCGAAAGACAGACGGCUUCCUUCCAAUAUGUCAUUGCCACCCGUACAAAGGGUACAAAGGGCUUUUACAUUCUCUCAGACAAGGGCUGUUUCUACUCCAAUUUUAAUGUGGGGUUCAGCGCUUAUUCAUCAUUUUUCAAUCAUGAUUGCGGGCGUUUUUUCACACCCUGCGAUUAUUUGAAGCAAAUGGCAGCAACACAUUUUGAAUUAACUGUUUUGACGUUUUGUAACACAUCGGGUUAUUUUUGCUCUUGAUAUGUUUUUUCUGCUAUCAGCCGUUCCACAAACGUUAGAGCUUUGAAGACGUAUCGUUUGGUAUCAUUUGCGUUGGGGUUGAUUCUUUUCAUAUGAAUGAUUGAUUAAUUGAUUGCAUUAUUCCUUUGGGGAAUUGUAAGAGGUCAGGAACGUAGCACCAGAGUGAUUGGCCAAGUACAAAGUUAAAAGAGAAAGGUUACAGCAAGUCAAUAGCAGCCACAAUUUGAAACAGUUUAUCUAUUAGUGGUUUAAAAUAAAUCCGAAAUAAACGGCAAGUAUGGUGUAAAACAUAUUUGUGCUUAGACCAAAACAGGAUGAAAUGAAUUGAUCCUUCGACAGUUUGAUAAUUGCAGUGCAAGAAACAAAAAACUCAGUUUUCCUUUGUCCACACACCCCAUAUCAACAGUUUGCUGCACUGGCAAACUCUAGUUUUUCUGUUGCCCUGUUUCCGCGGAUAGCGACAAUAGGACGCGGUUGGGAAUCCGAUCGGAACGAGACUGAAUGGUUGGCAGCAAACAAUAAGCAAACGAAAGCAAUCCAUCUAUUCGGAUGAUUGAACUGAUCUGCAGGAAAUUGUGGAAUGGGUUGUGUUGCGUGCGAAGUGCAUGCAGAAUAAAAAAUAAAAAAUGAAAAGACACAAGAUCGGUGAAUUUCCACGAAACGCCAGCCGUACCCCCCACGAUGAACGUCGCUACCAGCACGCGCAGCACCGGUACCGUCUACACAAAGGAUUGCUCGAUGGAUUGAUCGAUGCGGAAUUUCUGGAAUCGCCGGUGCGAACAGAUGUCGCCGGGAGUGACAAUGGAAACCGGGAGCGCGAUGGGAGUUGGGGACAAACGGGAAUGGGAGUGGGAGGAAAGGCGUAGAAUUUUGGGUUAGUAUCGUGCAGAAAAAUUGUGAAAAUUUUGGUAUAUAAAGGCGGCUCAAGCUGGAGCCAAAUCAGAUUCGAACGAUAAGCCAAAGUGUUAAGAGCUUCAUUUCAUAACAUCCGAAAUAAUCCGAAUCUCAAGGAACGAUCCCCCUUUCUGUUGCAUAGACUCCCGAGGCAGCGAGGAGCACUAGCUGAAAGGCUUGGAGAAUUCCCCGUUGUAGCCGUAGGAGCCGGAACCUUCGCCCGGCGGAGCCCCUCGGCCGCAACAUUGGUGGCUCCAGAGAGGAGAGCCUCACCGUAAGAUAGUGUCGUCGCGUCGUUGCUAGACCGGAGUGGACGAGCCGUGUAGCUACCGUGCUCCGUGUUACCAAGUGCGCCGUGGUCCCGAGUGUCCAGCCGCACCGGAAGGGUCGAGCCCAGAGUGUGCUUCUGGAACCGAAGUGUCCAGCCCAUCCGUGACGUCGUCACCUCAUCAUCAUUGGACCGGAUUGGAAUAAAAAGCUAAGUCCGUGCUUCUGGCCAGAGUGUCCAGCCAUCCGCGUCGUUAAAGUGCGCCGUGGUCCCGAGUGUCCAGCCGCAUCAAUUUAUGUUGUUUUGUCAUACGACUGUCAGUCGUAGAAUUGUCGUAAAAAUGGCUAACAAGAAGAGCAAUUACUUUGUUGAGAACAAAAACGGCGCAUGUCGCCUAUGUACCGAACCAAACGGUGAUAGUCCGUUUGUUAAGUGUGAAGAAUGCGAUCGAUAUUUUCACCUGGCCUGCGCCAAAUUAUCGGCGGUACCAACCGCAGAAGAAGAAUGGUUGUGCAUAAAAUGCCAAGAUAUCAAAAUCCAAUACCAACAAGAAGAAAAGAAAAGCACACCAGAUCAAGCCAUACUAGAACUCGCCAUGGUAUUACAGAACAAUAGUUUGGAAGCCAGCCGCCAUAUCAAGAAAACCACAUUAGUAAACCUUCCAGAAUUUGAUGGGAAACCACAAGACUGGCCACAUUUCAAAAAGACAUUUGAAGACACAACAAUUGAAGCAGGUUUUAGCAAGCUAGAAAACUUGAAUCGUUUGCAACGAUUUGUUAAGGGAGAAGCCGAAAAAGCAGUGCGUGCCUUACUCUUGGAUCCGCAGAACGUUCCGGCCAUCAUGGCUCGUUUAGAAGAACAAUUUGGAAGAGCGGACCAAGUAUACAAAGAGCUAUUGAAAGAUGUGGUGAAAAUAAAGGUCGAAGGACAAAUGAAAAUAAUGGAGCUUUCUGACGCUCUUGAUAACCUAGUUACAAAUAUAAAGAUUUUAGGAAAAAGAUCUUAUUUGAAUGAUCCUCGACUCAUCGAUGAAUUGUUGGCAAAACUUUCGAUCGAUAAACAACUGAAUUGGGCACAGCACAAAGCCAGUCUAGAGGCAGCUAAUUCCGAAGUAACGCUUGACCAGUUCAACGAUUGGAUGCACCAAAUAUCGAAGGCAUUGCGAAGUCUGCCAAAAAGAACAGAGCGACCACAGAACAAGGUAAAUGUUCACAAAUAUCACAAUCGCAAACCACCAGGAAAUUCCCAGCAAAUGAACAUUGCUCAAAACUUGCACACAGUUUGUCGCUUGUGCAAAGGACAACAUACGUUGCCAGAGUGUGAAAACUUUUUACAGAAAAACAUUAGUGACCGAAUUGCAUUCACCACACAACACCAUCUGUGUUUCACAUGUCUCCUCUCCAGCGAGCAUGUCCAAAGAAACUGCCCAUUGUCCAAAGUAUGUAGUGUGCAGGGAUGUAUUCGGCGGCAUCAUCCUCUGUUACAUGAAGUGCCCCAGCCAAUAUAUUAUCACUAUAACGACGUACGUGUCUACUACCAGAUCGUUCCGAUAACCGUACGCAAUGGGUCAGUGGCUAUGAAAACGUUUGCUUUCUUGGACGCUGGAUCGUCACUAACACUCAUGGAGGAAGAUUUGGCAAACAAGUUAGGUUUACAAGGCCGGCAAGAUCCAUUAACAAUGACGUGGACCCAAAAUCUAACGGUAGAACAAGACACCAGUCGUCGAGUGCAACUUACGAUUGUAAAUGAUCAAGGAAAAGAAUUCCUAUUGAAAGAGGUGCGAACCGUUAAAAAUCUACAACUACCACAACAAACAAUAGACACCAAUAGAUUACUUGCUCUUUACCCACACCUGAAAGGCAUUAAAAUAGAAUCGUUUACAAACGCUUACCCUACCAUCCUCAUCGGCUUAAGUCACAGCCACCUUAUCAUGCCAUUAGACCGCAGAAUGGGCCGUCCAGAAGAACCGAUGGCUAUCAAAACAAAACUCGGAUGGAUAAUAUUCGGAAAUGAGUACACACAACCGGUAACAAGAUCGGAUCAUUUCAUGGUACACAAAAACGAGGAAAUAAUGAAUAGAAUGAUCCAACAAUACUUCAGUACGGAAGACUUUGGAGUGAAAGUGACAAAACCUCUUGUGCCCAAAGAGAUAGAGCAAGCGAAUAAAAUUCUAGAAAAGACACUAGAGAAAAAGGAUGGAUAUUAUCAAGUGGGACUGUUGUGGAAACCAGAAGUGGCACACUUCCCAAAUAGCUAUCCAAACGCACUGAAACGCCUAGUAAGUUUGGAAAAGCAGUUGAAUAAGAAUAGAGAGCUGCAAGUUUGGGCAAAGAACACAUUUGCAGAUUACAUACAGAAGGGUUAUCUGAGAAAGUUGACGCCAAGCCAGGUUGCUAUUGCAACACCAAAAACUUUCUAUCUACCGCAUUUCGUUGUAGUCAACCGAAACAAACCGAUACCGAAACCACGAUUGGUGUUUGACGCGGCUGCUGAAGUCAAUCACAUUUCGCUGAACUCCCAAUUACUAUCUGGCCCUGACGAAAUGGCUUCACUUUUCGGUGUCUUGCUACGUUUUCGAGAAGGCAACAUCUGCGUCACAGGGGACAUCCAAGAGAUGUUCCACCGAGUAAGAAUACGGGAAGAAGAUCAGGACUCUCAGCGUAUUCUGUGGCGAGAUUGUGAAAACCGGUGUCCCGAUGUGUACGUCAUGCAAGUCAUGACAUUUGGCGCGACUUGUUCGCCUGCAUGCGCACAAGUAGUAAAGAAUACCAACGCAGCUGCCCACGCCGAAACACACCCUCUGGCAGUAGACCCAAUAGUUCGGCAACAUUAUGUUGACGACUAUCUCGAUAGUUUUUUCACAAUGGAAGAUGCAAUUGAAACAGUGAGACAAGUAAUUGAGGUACACAAAGCUGCUGAUUUUCACAUAAGAAAUUUUACCUCAAACCGGGGGGAGUUACUGAAAACAAUUCCUCAAGAUCGUGUACAACAAAAAACAACUUCAGUACAAAUCGAAGAAAAGGGCCAAGACUACGAGAAGAUACUUGGUGUUCAUUGGAACUCAACGAUCGAUCAUUUUGGGUUUCAAGUCAAAAUGAACAAAGUAACAAAAGACAGGCCAACAAUGAGAGAAGUUCUUAGUUGUGUCAUGAGUGUUUACGAUCCGCUGGGCUUAAUAAGCCACGUAACAAUAGCUGGCAGAAUUUUAAUGAGAGAACUUCAUGUUAUAACGAAGGAUUGGGACUCCACCAUUCCAGAUGAAUUACAAGAGAAAUGGGAAGAAUGUCUACGCGUAGUAAAGAGUGCCGAAAACAUACGAAUCGAGGCAAUGCUUAAUUCCCGGCCCUUAACACACAUACCGCUGGAAAAUGAAGAAGACGAAAUACUCACACCAUUUCAUUUUCUUAUUGGACGAAAUGGCAGCCAUAUACCACCAGUAGUGAACGAAACCUCGGCAGCAAACAGGCAACAGUACAAACUCACACAGCAUUACUCAAAGAUAUUCUGGGACCGUUGGAAAAAAGAAUAUCUUCCAACACUAAUACGCCGAAAUAAGUGGACUAACCACGUAGAACCCAUAAAGGUGGGAGACAUAGUCGUGCUGUUUGAUGACAACGCACCUCCGGGAAAGUGGAUCAAAGGAAGAAUUAUGAAAGCGAAUAUGGCCCCGGAUGGGCAAGUACGAUCAGUGGAAGUAAAAGUGGGAGAAAACAUAUUAAAACGGCCAGCUGUCCGAGUUGCCGUAUUAAAUAUAGAGCAAAAAGAACAUUUGCUUCUCCACACAACAUCUCAGCAACACCAGGGCACACAUCGAAUCAGACCGCUUCAGCCUAACAACGACAACAGUGAAACGAAGCCUCCUCGCAAGAAGACAAAGAUCGCCCCAUGUCAUUGGGCAAAACAGUUGUUGGAAAAUAACCCACCAAGCACUUCGACCAACUAAGCAAGAAGCGUAAUCCCCACCUGUGAAUUACGUGGGGGAGAAUGUUGCGUGCGAAGUGCAUGCAGAAUAAAAAAUAAAAAAUGAAAAGACACAAGAUCGGUGAAUUUCCACGAAACGCCAGCCGUACCCCCCACGAUGAACGUCGCUACCAGCACGCGCAGCACCGGUACCGUCUACACAAAGGAUUGCUCGAUGGAUUGAUCGAUGCGGAAUUUCUGGAAUCGCCGGUGCGAACAGAUGUCGCCGGGAGUGACAAUGGAAACCGGGAGCGCGAUGGGAGUUGGGGACAAACGGGAAUGGGAGUGGGAGGAAAGGCGUAGAAUUUUGGGUUAGUAUCGUGCAGAAAAAUUGUGAAAAUUUUGGUAUAUAAAGGCGGCUCAAGCUGGAGCCAAAUCAGAUUCGAACGAUAAGCCAAAGUGUUAAGAGCUUCAUUUCAUAACAUCCGAAAUAAUCCGAAUCUCAAGGAACGAUCCCCCUUUCUGUUGCAUAGACUCCCGAGGCAGCGAGGAGCACUAGCUGAAAGGCUUGGAGAAUUCCCCGUUGUAGCCGUAGGAGCCGGAACCUUCGCCCGGCGGAGCCCCUCGGCC